UACUAUCAAAGAACCAAAAGGAUUAUAUUUUUGCGGGUUUAAGAACCCAGGAGAAAAGAAAAAUCCGUUCUUGACCACAGUAAAGAUGGCGAAAUCCGCUUAGUGCUCGUGCUGGAUUGGGGUUACGUAGAUCGGCGUGCUGCAAACCAGCUCUGGGUAGGUUGAGAUUCUGCAAGCUGCAGAACGCAGACCUCGGCUGGACGCGACGGAGGUUGCACCUCACUUACUCCUCUGAGCUUCUUCGCCGGCCUGCCUUCACUCUUUCGGUGUCCAGAGCCAGACUGACUUUGAAUUUGCUUGUCCCUAUGUGUGCCAGAGUCAGUGCUGCAUAAUGUGACUUGAUAGGACUGACUUUCCAAAUGAAACAGUUUAGACGCAUCUGCCAAGAAGUAAGAUUUGAAUGAAACUCUCACUUACACAAGUUUUCAGAUAUUUUAAUCUGAGUUCCCAGUUAUUCAUUACCUGAGGGGUGCAUGGCCCGGAAGGGGAGGGAUAAGAACUUCGGAUCUUAGAUGCUCUGAGAACCCACUACCGUAUAAUCAUACCUAUGAAAUCACUCAUGCUGGCAGCCCCAAAGGGAGCAUAAACCAGGGACUGUGCUAUCAUGCAGCAGAAGAGCAGAUUAUUUCUCCGAGUGUUGAAGUAUAGUAUUCCUCACCUUGGGAAAUGCAUGCAGAAACAGCAUUUCAAUCGCUGUACCUUCGCUGAUCAUUAUUACAGUAGAAUAAAAUUGAAAAAAUAUCACCCAACCAAGUGUCUGCAGAAUACACGCAAGAUAUCAGAGUUAGCAAGAAACAUCCCAAGUCGGAGCUUCUCAAGUAAGGAUUUUCCGCCAAUUAAACAAGAAAACGAAACAUCCCUUUCAGAAAACAUGGAUGCAUUUGAAAAAGUGAGAACAAAAUUAGAAACACAGCCACAAGAAGAAUACGAAAUCAUCAAUGCAGAGGUUAAACAUGGGGGUUUUGUUUACUAUCAAGAAGGUUGCUGCUUGGUUCGUUCAAAAGAUGAAGAAGCAGACAAUGAUAACUAUGAAGUUUUGUUCAAUUUGGAGGAACUUAAAUUAGACCAGCCCUUCAUUGACUGUAUCAGAGUUGCCCCUGAUGAAAAAUAUGUAGCCGCCAAAAUAAGAACGGAAGAUUCUGAAGCAUCUACCUGUAUAGUAGUGAAGCUCAGUGAUCAGCCUGUAAUGGAAGCUUCGUUCCCAAAUGUGUCCAGUUUUGAAUGGGUAAAGGAUGAAGAGGAAGAAGAUGUCUUAUUCUACACUUUCCAGAGAAACCUUCGCUGCCACGAUGUGUAUCGAGCCACUUUCGGUGACAACAAACGUAAUGAACGCUUUUACACGGAGAAAGACCCAAGCUAUUUUGUUUUCCUUUAUCUUACAAAAGAUAGCCGUUUCCUCACCAUAAACAUCAUGAACAAGACCACCUCGGAAGUGUGGCUGAUAGACGGCCUAAGUCCUUGGGACCCGCCAGUGCUUAUCCAGAAGCGAAUACAUGGGGUCCUUUACUACGUCGAGCACAGAGAUGAUGAGUUAUACAUUCUCACUAACGUCGGCGAGCCCACGGAAUUCAAGCUAAUGAGAACAGCAGCAGAUACCCCUGCUAUUAUGAAUUGGGACUUAUUUUUCACAAUGAAGAGAAAUACCAAAGUCGUAGACUUGGACAUGUUUAAGGAUCACUGUGUUCUGUUCCUGAAGCACAGCAAUCUACUUUAUGUCAAUGUGAUUGGCCUGGCAGAUGAUUCAGUUCGGUCUCUAAAGCUCCCUCCUUGGGCCUGUGGAUUCAUAAUGGAUACAAAUUCAGACCCAAAGAACUGUCCCUUUCAGCUUUGCUCUCCAAUACGCCCCCCCAAAUACUACACAUACAAGUUUGCAGAAGGCAAACUGUUUGAGGAGACUGGGCAUGAAGACCCGAUCACGAAGACUAGUCGUGUCCUACGUCUGGAAGCCAAAAGCAAAGACGGGAAAUCAGUGCCCAUGACAGUUUUCCACAAAACGGAUUCUGAGGACUUGCAGAAAAAGCCUCUCCUGGUGCACGUAUAUGGAGCUUACGGCAUGGAUCUGAAAAUGAACUUCCGGCCUGAAAGGCGGGUGUUGGUGGACGAUGGAUGGAUAUUAGCGUAUUGCCAUGUUCGGGGUGGUGGUGAGUUGGGCCUCCAGUGGCACGCUGAUGGCCGUUUAACUAAAAAACUCAAUGGCCUUGCUGACUUAGAAGCUUGCAUUAAGACGCUUCAUGGCCAAGGCUUUUCCCAGCCGAGCCUAACAACCCUGACAGCUUUCAGUGCUGGAGGGGUGCUUGUGGGAGCACUGUGCAAUGCUAAUCCAGAACUCUUGAGAGCUGUGACUUUGGAGGCACCUUUCUUGGAUGUUCUCAACACCAUGAUGGACACCACACUUCCGCUGACACUGGAAGAAUUGGAAGAGUGGGGGAAUCCUUCUUCUGACGAUAAACACAAGAACUACAUAAAACGAUACUGUCCCUAUCAAAACAUUAAACCUCAGCAUUAUCCUUCAGUUCACAUCACAGCUUAUGAAAAUGACGAACGUGUACCUCUGAAAGGAAUCGUAAACUAUACUGAGAAACUCAAGGAAGCGGUUGCAGAGCAUGCUAAGGACGCUGGUGAAGGCUAUCAGGCCCCCAAUAUUAUUUUAGACAUUCAGCCUGGAGGCAAUCACGUGAUUGAGGAUUCUCACAAAAAGAUUACAGCUCAAAUUAAAUUCCUGUACGAGGAACUUGGACUUGACAGCACCAGUGUGUUCGAGAAUCUUAAGAAAUACGUAAAAUUCUAAAAUGUUGUAUCUGAUGGGAAUUGGGAACACUGAAGUAUUUUCUAGUUUUACUUGCUAUUGGGUUAGCAAAAGUGAGCAUUUUUUUAAGUUAGUGAAUAGUUUAUAAAAAUUUGCUUCUCUCUCCAAAUUUUGUUUAGUGUACAUCUCACUUGUGGUGUUCUCUCCUUGGUGUUUUUGCUCCCUAACCUGGGAAAGUAAUUUUCUAAUCACGCUCCUUAGGAGGACGUGGAGCAGGGGGUGGGGGGAGGGGUGGUCACAGCAGAAACCACCGCCCCCCCCAUCAGUACAGCUCCAUUUUUGUCCGUUUCACUGAAAUUUUCUUUGAACAGUUUACAAAUCAAGGCCCUGCCUCUUUGCUAAUGAACAUUUUUGGUGGUAAGUCAU